UGUCAGUGUGUGGAAAUGCGCGCGUGUCUUUCAUCGUAUUCGUAAUAACGUAACUACGUAUCGAAAGAUUUCGCGGCGAUAAUUGGAUGCAUAUAAUUUGCGAAUUAUUAAUUAAGUUUAUUAAAUUAAUUUUUUCUGCCCCGAAUCCCUCAGAAAACCAGUGAAUUUUUUUUUUGCAAACAUUCGCUUUGUUUGCCAUCGAAAAUUUGAUGCUUAUUUAUUCGUGUUACGAAUUUCGUAUACGUAAAAUGGUUCGAUUGAUGAAAUGAAAUUCGAAUGUAGAGGCGCUAGUUGUGCUUGUUAAAUAUUCACAUUGAUUAUAUCUAUCCAUCUCGCACACCAAUCAACCGUCUCUUUCUACCGAUUUAAUGGUGCUUCGCUUACGCAGUAUUUUUGUUUCCAAUGCAAUACUGAACUCUGCAUCAAAUGUUUCGUCAGUUGAUUAAAUAUUUCAUCACAGUUUGUGUGCUUUCGAGUUCUGAGAUUUUCUAAUUCGCAUUAUUGCCAGUUUGCAUUUAAAUUUGAUUACGGUAUCUGUGUAUUAAUUCCAAGUUGUAAGAAAAAACGCACAGAUCAUUUCAUUUUAUUUUCGUGUGUGGGAAAAAUACAAUUUUCAAAAACGUGCUCAGUGAACUGUUUUUAUCGUUGAGUUUCUCAAUGGCUGCUUUAUUCACUUUGUCAUGCUAAUGUUUAGUCGGUGUGUGUAUGCAAUUUGUUGUUGUUGCACAAAUACUAGUACACAACAUUUAUCGGAACGUUGUUGAUUGGGAACUAAAUCGUUUUUUUCGAAAUAAUUUAUCGGUUGUUAUUGGCUGCAUAUACAUAUUUUGAAGAAAAAAAAAGUAUUAAAAAUAAAACGCAUAGUCGUUGGUGUAAAUAAUUCGAAUUGUUAUUUAAACGACGAAGCUGACUAUCAGACUUUUGUUAUUAUUUUCAUUUUUUGUUGGUGGUACGCACGAUUCGGUUUAAUUUAAAUAAGUGAAACGGAAUAUUUGACGGAGGUAAACAUGUCAGCACAGUCAACGAUUGUUGCAAAGAAUUUGAAUCGAAAUGGUGGCUUGAAAAUACGUACACCGCCAAAAAUAACGGCACAACAGGAAAAAGAUCUCCGAGAUCAGUUACACACAGAAAUUGCGAACAAAACAAAGGCCUGUUCAAAUAUUGCGUACGAAUGUUCAUUGCCGCGCAUCGAUGGAUAUGAAUACUGCAUCCGACACAUUCUCCAAGAUCCAACCGCACCGUACUUGAUGUGCACAUUUCUGCUGACGAAUGGAAAACGAUGCCUGCAACCAGCACCAAAAUAUGACCCGAAGAAAGAUGUUUUGACGAGCUAUUGUUUUGAACACAGCCGACAAGCGCAACUGACCAAAACGAGAACCAGCAUCGGCAAAUUCAAGCCGAUCGACACAAAUGAUACCAUUCUAAAUGAACUGACUCACCAUUUAAAUUUAAGCAAAGCCAAAAAUCUUGUCAACAAUGUUAGUCCAAAUAAUAUUGCCGUUCGAAGCCCAUAUGAUGGGAAUGAUGCCGAUCAGCGCGACGAAAAGCCUGUUGUUGAUCCAUUCGUUGAUGUUAAUGCAGCCGCCAUCAACACAAAUGGACGCAAAAUCUUGGAUUAUGCGUCCGAUAGUUCGUCGGAUUUGGAAACACCAACAUUGAACAAUACGUGGCGGGGCCAAGAUCUGGAUAACUCCGACAAUGAAAGUGUUGAUUCUCAAAAUGAAGACUUUCUGAAACAUGCCGAAGUGUACACAACCGAACUGGUUACCAAAAUAACGACAGAGAAACUGAUGCGUUUGCGAGCCUUAUAUAUCGAUCAGCUGUAUCGGUUGAAGCAUGUUUUGCGAGAGAAACGCCGUAAUUACCUGCAUUCACUUCGAAACGAGCGUGAAACAUUGUGUAGUAUUCAUGAUCAGGCUAAAGAUACGAUCUCAGAGCGUAAGAUGUACGAAAAACUGAAAGCGCUCAACAAAUACCAAAAACGAAAUGGCGUUGAAGCGAUACUGUACAAAAAGUUCCUUGAAAAGCGACAAAAGAGUCGAGAUGGUGUGUUGCCAGCACCUUCGAAACCAUCGUUUCACGCACGGUGUAUAUUCACCGAGGGUGGCGUUAAAUGUGGUGAUCGAAUAAUUCCGUUGAGCAAAUUCUGUCGUAAACAUAUUCUUGAGGAUAAAAAACAAGUGCUGUUCCGAGCGUGUAACAUUGAAAAAGCUGGUGUAAAGUGUAAAGAACCCGUGCCUGGUAUCUUCGAAGACACAACGUGUACAUUACACAUUCAACUGCCGCCGCAACGAAACUAUGCACAGAAAAAGUACGAAUCAGAUUCUGAUGAUGAAACAAUAUCAGAGCCCAGUCUAACGAAUAUCAAAAAAGAAGAGGUCAACGACACGGAGACCAUGGCCACGGAGUCAGCGCCGCCAAUCGAACUCAAGACCGAAGCAAAAGAAGAGCCCGAAGAGAACGUCAUUCCAGCCGAUGAAUCCGAUAAGAAUGUCACCAUUUGCCAUGAUACAACCGAACAAAAACCAGUCGAAAAUGAAAUUAAAACGGAAACAUCCGACGUUCAACCGAUGGAACAUUAACGAAAAAAUAAACCAUUUGUAUUCAUGACUAGCGGCCAUAAGAAAGAAUUUUGUUUUUGGAUUUAAAUCAAAUGAAAAAAAGAAACAAAAAAAGGACAAGUCGUUUCAAUAAUUUUGUCAAUUGAAAUUUUUAUUAAUCGAUUAAAUAUACAGAUUUUUUUUCGUCUAGUUCUUUGUUUUUCAACAUA